AUGCCAACCUUUGGCGUGAUGGAUGGCGAGGUGGUGGACGUGCCAUCGCUCCAGGCGCCGGGCUUCAUCAAGGCGGCGGCGGACGGCGCCUUCCCCGACGCCGCCUCCGCCUCCGCCGGAGCGCUCGAGCUGGAAGUCCGCUCGACCACGCCGCAGUACGCGGGCUUCCGCGUCAGCCUCGCCGCCGGCGCGGUGGCCCCGCCAUACUCCUGUGCGGGCGGAGGCUCGAUCCCGCUCUCGCGCGGCUGCUACAAGGCCAAGUUCUCCGUGCCGGCUGGCGACGGCUGGCACGCCGUCUCUGUCCCGUUCGCGUCCUUCUCCGACCUCUGGUCUCCCGCCACGGGCGAGCACACCAAGGAGCUCUCCUCCCUGCAGAGGGUCGAGCUGUGGGCCGAGGGCGCCGUCGGGAAGAAGCAGCUUCGUUUCGGCAUCUCUGGCCGCGAGCAGCCCACCGUGCCCGUGCCGCUCCCCGCAACCGAGAGCCUCGCCGAGGCGGUCUGCUGCGACAACCGCACGGUCGCCUACGCCGAGCCGCGCUUCCUCUACCAAGCCCCGGACAUCGCCCUCUACUCCAGGCUCGACGCCGGCGUCACCACCUUCUACGACUCCGUCUGCGGGCUGCCGCUGUUCCGCGCGCCGCUCAACCGCUCCCUCGCCGCCUUCAAGGCCGACACGGACGAGCACGGCUGGCCCUCCUUCCGCACCGCCGAGGUGGUUGCGGCCAACGUGGUGACCGACGUCAAGUCUGGUCUCGUCUCCUCGCGCUGCGGCACGCACCUCGGCUCCUACCUGCCCGACGGCGCGGGGCCGCGUUGGUGCAUGGACCUCUCCUGCAUCGCUGGCUCUCCGGCUGGUUCUCCGGCCUCGCAAGGCACCGCAGUCACCGCGGCGGCGUAAAGCCGUUGCGUUGCCCAUUGCGCAAGCAGGGCCAGCUGGCAGCUCCUUGGCACACGCAGCGAGCUCGAGCUUUGGUGGGAGAUGAAUUCCAACUGUAUUCUGUUUACUAGCUUCAUUGAUAGUUUUAGUAAGGAAUAUAGAUAUACUACUUACUAGAAGUGGC